GGUCGCUUUUGGCAUCAACUUCUGAUUGUACCCGCUUGGCUCGUUUUCCCUCUCGUCCCACCACCGCUUUCCGCCCCACCCGCCUGCCCACCAUCCGAUGGCUAGUCUAGUAGUGCAGUCAAACCGACCGUUAGACCCUGCGAACGGCGCGGGCAAUGACAGUAGCCAUCGAGUCGACGCUGCUGCACAGGAUUCAGUGACAAAUACGCCCCGCGCAGCCCAGCAGCAGCAGCACCAGCAGCAGCCAGAUGGCCCACACUCUACUCAACACGAUGGUCUGACCUCUCGGAACCAAGACCAGGGCACUCCAACCGGCAGUGAGCCAAGCCGGGCAAAUUCGCACGAGCCAUCCGCUGCUACUCCGUCUGCUUCAAACCGCAGCAGCAGCAGCAGCAGCAGCGACCAACUGGCCGUUGCGUCCACAGAUCGAGCUCAGAUGCCAUCCACUAUGCCAGGCGACAGCCCGAGCAACAGCUCAGGGAGCGCAUCCAAGCUGAAGCCAGAACCGCCCGUAGCAGGAGGGCGAAGAACCACAGGCGCAACCAUCCAACCAGCCACAGCUCAAGAUCAGCAGGAGCAGGAGCAGGAGCAGCAGGAGGAGGAGGAGGAGGAGGAGGAGGAAGACGACACCACCAAGAUGACGGGCCGCGAGAUGCUACAAGGACUUGUGCGGAAUUACCAGCACAAUCUGCAGCUCUUGGACGAGCGCGAUGCAGAACUGCGCGAAUACGACACGCUGGUGGAGCGGCUCGAGAGCGCGAUUGUUGAGCGCGAGGCUCGCGUCGCCAAGCUGGUUGCGCAGGCUGCUGAUGCACGGAGACAGCUCACGGCGACAGAGCAACUUGCUCGAUCGUCUGCCGAUGAGCUCGAGGCCGCGCACGAAAUUCAGCGGCAGCUGGAACGUUGCGUCAAGUCGCUCGAAGUGGAUUUGCAAUUUGUACAGGCCGAAUUUGCGCAAAAGAUGAGCGGAGUGCAAGAAGCCAUGGAGCUGCAGCGUCGAGAGUAUGUCGACGAGCUCGAAGAGGCGCUGCAGCAAAAGCAGGACGAAAUGACCGAGUUUGAAGAGCACGCCGCCGAGCUCGAGGAGACGGUGCGCAAGCUCAACGCAGACUUUACGCACGCCACAGCACGCGCUCGCGAAAUGGAAGAGCUUGCUGGAGCAGCCAUCAGCGAGGCAGAUACGCAGCGGAGAAACGUCCAGCAGCUUCAAAUGCAGCUCACGCAGCAACACCAAGAUCUCGAGCAGCAGCUUCAAGCAAAUUUGCAGCAGCAAGCCCAACAACUGCAGCUCCAGCACCAGUCUCAGCUCGUCCAGCUCCACUCACAGGCUGCAGCGAGUGCCAGCCACACGGAGCAUCUCGUCCAGCAGCUUCAGCAGUACCAAAGCCUUCAGAAUACGCUCAACACACGGAAUCUAGAGCAGCAGCAGCUCAUCCACCAGCAACAAAGCAUCAUACAACAGCUGCAGCACGAGCUGGAGCAAGCCCAGCGCGCGACCACCCCUCCGACAGCCACGCACGCAUCUGUUUCGGCAAACUCUGUCUUCUCCAAUCUGAUGCUUGCGAGCGGCGGACUUGCGUUUAGCAGUUCGAGCGGAGCGUCGCCCACGCGCACCUCAAGCAACCCCAAUAGCAACCGAAACUCGACCUUGCUCGAUCGUGACACUUCCUCGCCCACUCCAUUGGCCGCGGUUUUGUCAAAGUCAAGCUCGGCCAACGCCUUGGAGCACCCUCCGUCGGUAAGUCCCGACCAACCGCCUGCACGUGUCCUGUCCAGCCCGAUUCCGUCGUCAUCGAGUGCAAACGCACCUCAGCCUGCAAGUGCGACCACUGCCGCGGGCGCGCUGCGAGCCAAUUCGAUCGCGUCGACCACGCCGACGAUCACCUCGUCGUCAUCAUUAACAACGUCCUCAUCAUCUGGAUCCAUUCAACAACUGGAUGAGAUUCGUCGUCUUCGUGCAGAACGCGAUCAGCUGCAAACAUUGCUCGACAAUGCCAAUGCACAGAUAAAAAGGACGCAGGUUGCGCUCGCUGCUGCCGAUCAAGACUCUCGCGAAAGCGCACAACUGAUCGAGCAACUGCAAGUUGCAGUGAUGCAGUCCGAGCAACGCGACCGGGAGGCGAACGAUCACAUUGUCAAGCUCGAGCGCAAGCUGAUUCAACAGCUUCUCGGUGAUGAUGACUAUUCUAGUCCAGGAUCGCCCAUGCGUCCACUAUCUUCGUUGUCUACUCAGUAUGCCAUGUCUCAACAGCAACAGCAGCAGCAACAACCGCAACAACAACAACAGCAACAGCAGCAGCAACAACCGCAACAACAACAACAACAACAACAACAACAUCAACAGCCAGUAUCCUUAUCCAGUCGUCGUUCCUCGUUCAUUUUGCCUCAACUACCACCGACAACUGAGCGAUCCUGGACAGAAAGUACGAGUCUGCAUCAACGGACGAGCAGUAACGCCUCGCUUCAUGACUCGUUCAGUAGCAGCCCGCAAGCGUCCAUGUACGGCAGCCCAUCUGCUUUACUGCUAAGUCGAGCAGCCGCCGACCUGGGAUACCUCCAGCCUCGCCAUUCGUCCUUCUCGCAGUCCCCUGCCACACAACAGCCAUAUCAGCUCCAAUCGACCCCGCAGUCGCCUCAUCCGCAACUACAGGUUGUUCCAGCCACUUUCUCUAACCGAGGAUUGGGUGUGAGCGCGUUUGCCACGGCCAGCUCCAGUGGUGGCAGCGACAUCACAGCGUCCAGCGGGUUUCAACCCUUGGCCCCUGCGUCGCCUCUCCUGCAUGCCAGUUCUCGUCUUUCGUACCUGUCGCUGAGUAGCACCUCCCAACCUGUGCCAUCUGCGCAUGCCGUGCAACCCCAGUCGACUCCCGCGGCAUCUCAAUCACCUCGUGCCAACCGAACCUCCCGUUCCAUUUCACAACCUCCAGUUCACGUUUUCCCGCAAUAGCCCCCAGCAUGUCCAAUUGAUUUUUAGUCCAUACGUGCCGCCUUGGUUUUUCUUGUUAUCCAGUACAUGAAAGUUGCGCUAGCUCAA